AACACACAGUCGCACUAAGGCUUUGUCUAAAUAUCAAAGACCCUGACAGAGGUACACAUUUCUUAUCAGGAGUCUGUCAAACAUAACUAAAUCAAUACAGGAAAGAGGGGGGGAAAUCCUUUGGUGUGAUUAUCGUGAUGUACAAACAGUAUCGGCGAGUACCCAAAUGUAAGUAUUUGUACUCGUACUCGGUCUGAAAAAAAGUGGUAUCGGUGCAUCCCUAGAAAAUACAGACUGUGAAAAGACUUGGGGUCCCAUAUUUAGCAGCUGUCCAAGAUUACAAUUGCUUCUGUUCAGAUUUUGUUCUUUUAUCAGCCAAAAUACAGGAUCACAUUCAGGUCUGUCAUAAAUAUAACAUCUACCUACUGACAAUCACUUAUCCCAGACAAAUGACGGCUAUUAAUACAAUUCAAGACUCGUCUACAAUUUUUGACAUUCUCUGUAGACUCUGUGGAGAUUGCACAGAUUAACUGUGGAAUGAUUAACAUACUGAUGGAUUAUGACAAUCAAAUACCGGUAGGGUUGUUUAUAGCCUAAAGUUGCACCUCCUUCUUAUCAUCUCCUAAUAGGUUGUCUUACGUGCUCAUUUUCAGUUGUUUUAAAAGUUGUCAACAUGUGGAUACACUGUACAUCUGCAUCUGGUUUCAUUUGUGUGAUCAUUUGACAGGAGCAAAACAUUUGGAGCAGGUCCAUUAUGAGCCCUUGAAUUUAGUCAUGCAGACUGCUGACCCACAUUUGGGACUUCAGCUGGGGGAAAAGGCAACCAGGAAGUUGUAAAAAAAAAAAAAAAAAAAAUCCAUAGGAAGUGGGGAAGUACUUGAGGGGAAAAACAAAAGGCCUUCAACUUCUUGUUUUAAUUGUCAUAAUUUAGGUUUGCCUAAGGUUUUUUUUUUUUUUUCUUCCAGAUUGAGAUAAAUGGUUUAUAAACUUCUAAACAGGGUCAGACAGGCUAAUCUGUUCUGUCUUGCUGGCAGGGAGGAGACACUGUUUCCCCUCACCUCCUCCACAUGCGAUCUGUCUUCAUACUUUAGUCUGACAGUGCCUUUGGACCUGGCUUAUUAAAGGUUGCUUGUCAUGCUUCCAUGGCCAAAGUGGUAUUAUAGGCGACACUUCAGACCGUUCCGAUGACAUUUAGUGGGGUGCUAUUAUGCAUUUAGCACGUGUUAAAGAUUACAAGCAGCCCCCUCCUCCUGGUCACUACAGGUUUGUGUCGGUAGUGUUGCACACAGCCGCCUGCUUAUGCUGCUGCCGUCGUUAGCCGAGUAUUGAGCUACCAGCUGACCUACUUUCUCUGCUCUCAGCCGCUCGGUCCUGUUUACAAGUCCCUGCCAGCGGAGGAUGUGGAGUACAGUGCCUGGAAAAUAGACGGACACAGCCAGCAACUAUAGCAAACAGCACGAAAUGGGACAUUUGUUGGCGUGUUGUUGAUGAAUUGGGACCGUGGCCAAAGCCACAGAGCUUCUCACCGGCGAUUAAUAACGUUAUAGCGUUAUGAACUUAGAGGCGUUGUUAUGCAAUGUAACGCUUUCGGUGCUCUCGCCUGGCCAGUCACACGCUGCUAGUUGCGCUCAGCUGCGAUGCUGUAGUUUAGUAAAACAUGACUACAUUGAUUAAAGUGAAGUGUGGAUCUGUAUUUGUGCUGGAGACACGUUUUCAAGGAUUUGGUGUUUCUUUGGUGGACUCGAGGAGGUGGUGGGCAGCUGGUCCGCGGUAGGUUUUUCCAAAAGAGUGUUCAGACGAGGUCAGCGCGGAUGGGACUUAUAAGACUUCAGAAAGGGCCUGGUUGGGAAAAGGAGUGAGUAUGGACAACCUUUCUGACUUCGGGGGCCCCUGUCCAUCCACCCGCACCGACUGGGACACCAACAGCUGCGUGGACGAUUUAAUGGAUGACGACGAGAAAGACAGGGCAAAAAAGUAUUCAGGCAUCUCGUAACAAAUCGGAAAAGAAAAGAAGAGACCAAUUCAAUGUGCUCAUCAAGGAGCUAUGCACCAUGCUGCAGGGUCAAGGCCAUCCGCGCAAGAUGGACAAGUCCACCAUACUGCAGAGAACCAUUGACCAUCUGCAGAAACAGAAAGACAUCACUGCACAGAACGAAACUUGCGAUGUGAGACAGGACUGGAAGCCUUCGUUCCUCAGUAAUGAGGAAUUCACUCAGCUGAUGCUGGAGGCCCUAGAUGGUUUCUUGGUCGCGUUAACUACAGACGGCAACAUCAUAUACGUAUCUGACAGUGUGUCUUCACUCAUUGGCCAUUUACCGUCAGAUAUGGUGGACCAAAAUAUCUUGAAUUUCCUCCCGGAGCGGGAACACGGGGAGGUGUAUAAGCUGCUAUCAUCCCACAUGCUGAUGACUGACCCCAUUGCUGCUGACUUCCUUGACAGUGAGGCACAUAUUGAAUUUUGCUGUCAUCUGGCCAGAGGUAACAUUGACCCAAAGGAGCCGCCUGUAUACGAAUACGUCAAGUUUGUGGGAGAUUUCAAGUUUCAUAAUAAUGUGCCUACAUCUUCUUGUAACGGGCUGGAUUUGACGUUACCAAGAAGCCUGCAGUCAUCGCUGGAGGAGCAGGUCUGCCUCAUUGCUACUGUACGAUUAGUCACUCCACAGUUUCUAAAGGAUUUGUGUAAUGUUGAAGAUCCCUGUGAUGAAUUCACAUCCAGACACAGCCUCGAAUGGAAGUUCCUGUUUUUAGAUCACAGAGCUUCACCAAUCAUCGGCUAUUUACCCUUUGAGGUUCUUGGGACUUCUGGCUAUGAUUACUAUCAUGUGGACGACUUGGAGCUUAUAGCCCAGUGUCAUAAGCAGCUAAUGCAGUUUGGAAAGGGUAAAUCCUGCUACUAUCGCUUCCUGACCAAAGGUCAGCAGUGGAUUUGGAUGCAGACUCACUACUACAUCACUUACCACCAGUGGAACUCCAAACCUGAGUUCAUUGUCUGCACUCACACUGUUGUCAGUUAUGCUGAAGUGCGAGCUGAAAGGAGGAGAGCGUUUGGCUUUGAAGAGCUGUCUCCACCUGAGAUAGCUCCCUCUUCAGUGAAGGCCCAGGAGCUGUACUUGGACAUCUGCUCCACGCUGGACCCUCCGCGGGAAAGAAACAGCGGUGCACGUUCGGUAUCCUCCCACAGCUCCCGGAAGUCCUCCCACACAGCGAUGUCCGACUCUGCAUCAGCUAACUCCUACACAGAGGCCUGCACACCAUCAUGGCAGUCUGCUUCCGUCGCGACAGAGAAGACAUCCGCCAGACUCCAACCCAGUAGUUCAAAGAAUUUGGCACAAAGAAAAAAUUCCUUUGACCUCGUACCCCAACUGAGCCUCCCCCUUUCUCCUACCUGCAGCAAGCACUCCGCAAUGCAACAGCAAACACAGCAGCAGCAGCAGUCAUCUCCCAUGUAUCAGCUGCAGCAGCCUCAGCUCUGUGUAAUGAACCAGCUGAAGGAGCAGCUGGAGGAGAGGACGCGCAUUCUGCAAGCUGACAUUAAGACGCAGCAGCAGGAGCUGCACGACAUUAAGGAGAAGCUUCACCUCGCUAAUCUCCAGGUGUUGUUACAGCAGCCUAUCCACAAUGACUUUGGCCAGGCCCAGCAGCAGCAGCAGCAGCAGCAACAACAGCAGCAGCAGCAGCAGCAGCAGCAGCAGCAGCCACAGCAGAGCCAAUCAGGGGUCAUCAGGCAGCUCUCGGGCCACCCUAAAGCACCGUCCUGCGGGGCCCACAGCUCAUCCCCUCACUCCCUCCUGAGAGAGAACAGCUCGCCCUCGACGCAGGUCCAGCAGAGGAUUGCACGGAGCGAGCAGGCACAGUCGGCGAGCGUGCCCGUGCAGACGAGCACGAGCGUGACGAUGCCCUUCUACAGCAACCCCAUGAUGUUCUCUCAGACCAACACGAGGUCUCUGCAGGACGCAAACCAAAGACACACAGACAGCGAGUUCAACCAAGAUGGACAACUACGCAGCAUGCUCCUAAACCAGCCAAUGCAGACGCUGGUUCCCACUAGCAGCGUCACCACGCAGCCUUCCCAGUGCAACAUGGGCAUCUCUCAAACCAUUUCUCCGUUGUGCCGUCCGAACAGAUACACCUUGGAGCAGCAGAUCAUCGCCCCGUCGUUCGCCAUGCAGCAGGUCAACUGCAACGCCGUCCUCGUGCCCUCCCCGGUCUUCACGUCCCCCAUAAUGAUCCCACACAACAGUUUCAUUGCAAACCAGUCCCAGUCGGCCUACCAAACCCAGCCUCAGGCUUCUCAGCACUCCCUGCAGCUACAGCAGCCCCAGCAGUUCUUUCAGAUGGCUCAAGGACUCGUACACGGUGGAUCUACUCCAGCAUUCUUACACACCACUAAUGUCCAACAGCAAAGCACUGUGGGAUACAUCCAGCAGCAGCAGCAGCAGCAGCAACAAACACAGCAGCUGCCGCAAGCACAACAGCAACAGGCGCAACAGCAACAAAGGCAAUACCAACAUUCCCAAAACCAGACUGGCAGUGUUUCAGACUUCCGAAAUAUGCUGACUCGGUAGCGCUGCGGACCGUGUUAGAGCGCUGAGAUCUCCCUCUGUGUUGUCGCCGUGUAGGCGGCAGCACGUUUGUGGCAUUCGGAAGUCGAAACCCGACGUCAAGUUGUGCGGCGGGGAAAUGCCUGAAAGUGGCUAAAUUGCUUCUAGUGACCUUAAUGUUGAUGUGAAGCCGCCCGUUCAGAUGAAGCCGGUUCUUGUACAUCACUGGAGCGAAGCAGAGAUUGCACUGACCCGGCGUCACCUGCAGGAUCCGAGGAGAGUCUGAGGUGCUGGGCCCUUCAUCGCCGGCCCACGUCACACUCAGUGAAACUGCUGGAAACAAGUGGAUUAUCAAAGCUCUCAAGAAGACACCACUUUCACAUGUUUCCAUGUGGAAGUUUUUCAUCUAAGAGAGUUUCCUUCUAAGUGUCUGUUUGCACUUUGGUACCGCCCCCCUACCCAAAGGUAGAAUAUUUAUUUUUGCCCAUGAAUUAAUCUUCUAUUUUCCUCACUAAUAAUGGCUCGACACCCCUCCCCAGUGUCAAACAAUCAUCACCCCUGGUCCAGAUUUUUAGCUCCAGUAGAAAUGGUUCAUCUCAUAAAAGGGAUUUGUGUACAUGGGAACUCCACACCAAUGUUUAUUUCAUUUGGCAGACAUCACAAGUCGCUCCCAUUUCAUCCAUAAAACAGUUUACUUGCAGGUAUGUUCAUGGUCACUAGAAAGGGGCUUUAUUGUGAAACAUGCACCGGUGAGAUGACAAAAGUCAUAUCUGAAAUCAGGUUCGGUAAGAAUUUAAAUACACUGGGAUAUUAGGGGGAAUAUUCUCCAAUUAUUAGAAAGGUCUAUCUAGAUUUUUAAAGCCUCAAUCUGGGACUGCAGAAGGGACGCAACAACCGUCCCACCACUUCUCACUGAGAGAGACAACAAAGCUCUGAAGUCCUGAUUUAAGGCGCUUCCGAUGAGCUCUGCAGUGAAACGAGCUACCAGAGGGGGAGAAUAAUUUGUGCCUUUAACCGUUGGUUCGUCCACGGUGCGGUUUGAUGGUUGUGUCUGAUUACGGCUUUAAAAAUCCAGCUCAGGUCCACUUGGAAUACAAAGUUUAUAUUUUCAUAGGUCAUAAUUUAUUAUUUUCCGCAUCAGAUUUAAAACAAAUGGCAUCUAGAUUUUGUAACGGAUGUAUUAUGAAUAUAUAUUUGGGUGCUUUUCGCAACCUUUACAUCAGUUAAGUCCAAAUGAUAGUAGCUAAUAAGAUUCAUUUAACUAUUUACUGAAACCCCUAAAUCACUUCAUGUUUAUUUAUUACAUAUAUAUUUGGAAAAAAAAUAUAUGGGAUUAAGAAACUAGUUUUAUACACAAAGACUCUAAUGGAUUUCACGUGUUCAUUUAGACAUUGAAAGGUCAACGCUGGUCUUAAUGUCUUACCCAACCUGGGUUAAUGGUUCAAUGCAAGAACAGGUGGCUCAUAGUAGUUUUCCGCACAACAAUACAACAAAGUGUUGCAGAAAGUGGAAGCUUGGUGAUUGAAACAUCUUGGAAAUGAUUUGGGAGAAAUUCUCCCUGCUACCUGGAUAUCUGUGAACAGUAUUACUUUGUUUAUUCUGCAUUCCUGUUUAUUCUGGUAUUAUUUGUUUUUGUUGGGUUUAUUCAACCAUCUGAGAUUUCACUAAAUGUAACGCUCUAAUAGUGACCAAAUGAGCUCAUUUACAAGAAAAAACAAUACAUCGUUUCCUGCUAUGAAUGUGAUCUCAUCGAAAAAAACUAAAAUACCGAGAGCAGAUUUAAUUUUCACUGAAAAUGUAGAAUUAUUGUUCAUAGGGCUGCAACUAAUUAUUACUUUCACAAUCAAUUAAUCUGCCGAUUAUUUUCUAGAUUAAUCUAUUAAUCGUCUGGUCUAUAAAUUGACAGAGAAAUCCCAGUUUCUCAAAAUCAAAGGUAAUAUCUUUAAAUGUCUUGUUUUGUCAGUCCACAUAUAUUCAGUUUAACAUGAUAUAAAACAGAGAAAAGCAGGAAAUCUCCAUAUUUGAGGUUAAAAACAGCAUUUUCUGCCACUUUUGCAUGAAAAAUUACUUUAACGAUUAAUCGAUUAUCAAAAUAGUUGGCGAUUAUUUUUCUGUCGAUUUGAUUAGUCGACUAAUUGUUGCAGUGAUAACAAAAAACACUACAUUUGACAUCAUUUUAACAUUGAAUGUUGAUUCAUCUGAAAGCCAGUCCUGUCAGUAUUUCAAGAUGUUACAAUCUUCUUUUCAUACUGUGCUUUUUCUAUGACAAUCGUUUUGAGUCCAUCAUAUUUUGAGAGAUUCUUUGGUGAAAGCAAUAUUGUGCCGCUGCUAAUCAGCUCUUGUAACUGCCCUGCUAUCUCACACAGUCAUUCUGAAUAUAAAAAAGUAAGCGGACGAUAACAGUGAGACUGCAGCGCUGCGAUAAUGGUGAGAUGACAGUUGUAGGGGCUACAACUAACGAUUAUUUUCAUUGUCGAUUAAUCUGUCGAUUAUUUUCUCAAUUAAUGAAUGAGUUGUUUAGUCUAUAAAAUGUCAGAAAACGGUUAAAAAUUACUAUCAGUGUUUCCCAAAGCCCAAGACGACGACCAAUUAAUCGAUUAUCAAAAUAGUUGCCGAUUAAUUUAAUAGUUGACUACUAAUUGAUUAAUGGUUGCAGCUAUAGACAGUUGUAACAGAAAGAGGUUUGGAGUGUGCUGGUGAAGCCGGAUUAGCAGUUGAAUGACAUCCAGGAAGAAAACGCACUUAAACUUAAUGACAAUCAGACAACUUGUAACAGUAAACUCUUCAGAAGCUGCCUGCGUCAGAGUCUGACUUCAUCUUUUGAAUUUAAAAAUCUAUCUUUACAUUUGUUCCCGGGUUACAUAGUUGUUUCCAGCUCCGCAGGAAAACCAGUUUCUCUUGACUCAGUGUUUCAGUGUUUCAGCAGCCCUUCACGCUCAAUAAUAUGACAGUUUGGUCUCAGCUGUAACACAUUCAAGUUAGCGGCGUCAUAGUCCCUUUCAAGACUGGUGCUGUUCAUAGCGGACGACAAGGCAACUGUCUGAACGUGUACGUUCACUGCCGAUUUACACUUUCCUAUGUGCAAUGUCAAUUUGAAAAAUAAGAAUGUUAAUUUAUACUGUUUUAAAUGUUUCACAACAAAUGUACGAUGUAUAUAUAUAGAGGUGUAUAAUAAGCCAUUGUACCAUGUAAAUUCUAUGGAAGUAUUUUUUUAAUGAAAAUGUCCUAACAUUCCUCCAGCCGUUGAUAUCAGCAGUAUCUUCUUUUUUUUUUUUUAAAGGUAUCAGAUGGGAAUGUGGUGCAGAGUAGUCCCCAAAACGUGACAACAAAACAGAAACUGUGGAGUAAAGGGUCGUAAUGUUCACCGUGAUCAUGAAAAAAGAUUAAGUGAAGAAUCUGAAUCCUUUUGUUCUCGUCAAGCAGGAACAGCUGUCCAGCUGUGUGGUCUUUAUAGUUCAGCCAAAAGUGACUGAAGUUAACCUGCAAGUUUCAGUUUAAUGACUUUCAGUUGUUUAGCUUUUAAGAAAAAGUGCAAUUGUACAUCAUCAUCAAAAUCAGUUUUUUUUAGAUGGCUGAGGGAAUCUCAGUCUCCCUUUGUGUAUUUACUGUACAUCCACAUUUGGUAUAGCAACAGUAACCAUAUAAGUUCUGCUCAGCCAGGAACUCAGAGGUGCCAUAGAUGACUAUAUUUUUUACUUUCUCAAUUUUAUUUCAAUCACUGAAAGACAUUUUUUUUUUGGAAAAUUCAUAAUUUUCAACCUUUCAGUCAAUCGCAGUGUAAUUUCCCCUUGAGAUUGUUUUCCAUCUCAGAAGAUUUCAGUCCAUGUUUGUGUCCAAAAUGACCGUUAUCAUGCUGUUAUUUGCCUUGCAAAGGUGAUCGCGGGGCUCAAUAAACUGUGAGUGAAUCAUGUUGAGAUGGUUCAUGCAUUGUGCUCCAGAUGUGGGUUACAUUAUUUUGCUUCGGAAAAAUCACCCAGUCUCCGCCACAUGUUUGGAUGCAAGAUGAUUUGUUUUUUUUUUAGGUGUGUAUUGCUUCACAGACGUUAUUGUAAAUAACCCAUCUGCUCUGUCGGUACCGUUUGUCUUGUUCCCAGCAGUAGUUACCACACCUUUUUGUUUUUUUUUCCCUUCAACUUUCUGAGUGCUUUUCUUCUUCAUGGGGUUUUUCAUUGAGUGUCAUUGUUUUUGAAGGCAUGUGAUUUUAAUCACAUUUCACUUUUCUGAUUUGUAAAAUAGUGACUGAUCACCUUAAAUGUAAGCGUGAGCAGUCCGAUCAAUGCUUUCUGUGUCAGGACAUGAACAAAACAAACUUGGUGCACAGCCAUUUCUGCAGUUUCAGUGCAGAAACAAACAUUGAAUAUAUUGUAUAAUAGAAUGUAAAAAAAAGUUUAGACUAUAUAUAUAUAUAUAUAUAUAUAUAUAUAGUUGUUUAUUUUAUAUGUCUAAUAGAUUAUAUAUGUAUGUUACAUGAUUUUAAAAUUAAAGUAAUUUUGUAACAGAUAAUGAAGUGUCUUAUUAGAGGCGGUGAGGCUUUUUUUUUUUUGCGUUUCAAGUUGGUGUUGCACAGUCACUUGUAUGGCUUGUUUUCUUUCUGUAUUUACCAUCAAAAUAAGCUUUAAAAAAUAUCGUUAAUAUUGUUUUAAAAGAAAUUAACAAAUUAAGUUUACAUUCUAAAAUAUCUUGAUAUUAAUUAUGUUAUAUUGAAUUAUUUAUAAAUCAACCUGGAUAUUGUGAAAUAUUUGAAAAUAAAUAUUUUUAAACAUA